CACAGUCUAAACUGAAAAAUUGAAGGCAAACGUUGAAGGAAACUUCGCUCAAAAAAAAAAAAAAAAAAACGAAAAAGCAAAAAAAUUUCCUUUGUCUAGACAGGAUUUGUGAAUAAAGAGAAAAAAUCAAAAAUGUCAAUUGUACCACUGCUGCACUUGGCCCGGGAGCUGGAUCAUGACUACCGCUCCGACUGGGGACAUUUUCUGGAGGAUGACUUCGGUUUUGGCGUCCAUGCCCACGAUCUGUUCCAUCCGCGUCGCCUGAUGCUGCCCAACACCCUCGGACUGGGUCGUCGUCGUUAUUCGCCGUACGAGAGGAGCCAUGGCCACCACAAUCAAGUGUCACGUCGCGCGUCGGGAGGUCCAAACUCUCUGCUGCCCGCCGUGGGCAAAGAUGGCUUCCAGGUAUGCAUGGAUGUGUCGCAGUUCAAGCCCAAAGAGCUGACCGUCAAGGUGGUGGACAACACCGUGGUGGUAGAGGGCAAGCACGAGGAGCGCGAGGACGGCCAUGGAAUGAUCCAGCGUCACUUUGUGCGCAAGUAUACCCUGCCCAAGGGCUUUGACCCCAACGAUGUAGUGUCCACCGUCUCAUCCGACGGUGUGCUGACCCUCAAGGCCCCGCCGCCACCCAGCAAGGAGCAGGCCAAGUCGGAGCGCAUUGUCCAGAUCCAGCAAACGGGGCCUGCCCAUUUGAGCGUCAAGGCACCGGCACCCGAGGCUGGCGAUGGAAAAGCCGAAAAUGGCAGCGGCGAGAAAAUGGAGACUAGCAAGUAAGGGACGAAAGGAGGAAGAAGACGAGAAGAGGAAGUAGACGAGGAGAGGAAGAAGAAGUCGGGAAGAGGAAGAAGUCGACGAGAUUCGCUGGCGAAGCACGAGAGAGAGAAGAAUUUAAAAGAAGAAACGGGAGUGUUGCCGCGCUGCUCGGAGAGAGCAAGACUAAAAAGGACACACCACAACACACCCAAUGUAUUACAUUCACACACAUCAUCAUCAUCACAUCCUAGACUAAGUGAUUUUAAACUCCAUUUAUCAUAAUGCAUAAAAAAAAAAACAUUUUAGUGUGUAUGAUUAGGCUAAACAAUUGGAGGAUUCAUUGCUCCCUUUGAGUUUAUACUUUUUGUAACAAGAACAGGCGCAACACUCGGGAGAAUUUUGCAUUUCAUUUGUGAAUAAACGAAUACAAUAAAUACAAAA